AUGUGGUGGAACGGCCACUGGUGUUGCUCUAGCAGUGUCUAUUGGCGAGGAUCACUCUACCUGCUGCAUUGUUGUGGUGUGUUUGUUGUGAGGUUAUCUUUAUCAGACAGGAAAUACCGAGUGAUAAAAACCCCAAUAAAUAUCGAUGAAUGCAAAAAAGCACAGCCUUACAUUGGGAAAUCGGAAAAAGGCGUGUACUUUGCAUCAAUGCAUAAUAGUUUUCGACUUCAGGUUUGGACACUAGUGGAGUCAAGUGAACGGGUAGACUGGGUGUCGAACAGCAUUAUCGAUCUUAAGGCAUGUGCAACUGUAAAGUCACAUGGAUCGCACAAUGUGGAAGGAACCCUAAAAACUUGGAUUUUAGAUGGUGGUGGUGAUGAUGAUGAUGUAGAUGGCAACAACACAAGGACAAUGAUAGAAAAUUUGGAUUGGGACUCGGACGAUGAUAGCAUUGUGAAUAUUGAAGAUGCUUAUGAAGGUAUCUGCAAUCAGAUCUGCUUUCUCGGGUUUCACCCCUACAAAGAAGUUAUCUUCUUGGGGUUAACAUCAUCCCAAGGAGGAGUAGGAGUGGCUUGUCAUUUGAAUGGCUCAAAAUUUCAGUAUCUAGGAAUACUAAGCCAACACACUUUCUGGCUUGGCAUACAAGGAUCGUUUCCGUACACCCCUUGCAUUAGUGGCAUCUUCUAA